AUGGCCAAAAUCCUUCAAAAUUGUACCAUCAUUUCCUUCAUCGUUAUCGCAAUAUCGCUUCUUCCAUCGGGAUCCUGCGAUUUAAUAGACACGACAUGCAACGACACCCCAUAUCCGGGAGUUUGUUCCUCAUUCCUAAGAGGAAUACCCGAAGCCAAAGAUGCCAAUCUCUCCGGUCUAACUGUAAUCAUGAUUAGUUCACUCACGAAAAAGUCCAACGACGAAAUCACAAAAAUCGAUCAGCUUCUCAAGACCAAACCGGGCGAUGAGCAUUUGACUAGUUGCAAGACACAUUACAAGUCCGUAAUAGAUUUCACUCGUGAUGCUACAAAUCAUGCGAGAAACAGUGCAUCUGAAGCUGGUCAAGGCACUGUAGUUGAUAUCUUACUCGAGAUUCGGGACUGUGAAGAUGGUUUUCACCCAGAACCUAGCCCUUUGACUGAUUUGAAUCAAACCAAUCGUGAUGUUUCUAAUGUUAUCUAUUUUAUGUUCGGCCAAAUGCGAAAGUAA